AAGGUGUGAUUAUUUUUGAAAGACCGGGUAAAGUUGAGAUUAUUUUGGGUAAUUUUUCCUAAAAUUAAAUACUUCUUAUAUGAUCCAUUUCUCCCCUGCGAACCACCCAGCCUAUGGAGAGGUUUAUCUCUGGUUGUACACUGCUGUAAUAAUUAAGAAAACACCUCUCUAGCUCCAAGUCAUGAUGACCAAGAAGCUUGUAAAAUACUGCGUGGUGGAUGCGUUUACGGCCUCGCCUUUCAAGGGAAAUCCGGCAGCAAUUUGUUUGUUAGAGGAAGACAGAGAUGACGAAUGGUUACAAGCUGUUGCUCGGGAAUUCAACAUUUCUGAGACUUGUUACCUAACUGAAAUCAAUGAUCCCGAACCAUCUUCCUCCAAUCCUUCCCUGGAUGCGCCUUCAUCAUCUGUAUCCAAGUUCCGUCUUCGCUGGUUCACGCCAGUUGUCGAGGUGGAUCUAUGUGGACAUGCAACCCUAGGUGCUGCACAUUUCCUGUUUGAUUAUGGGCUUGUCAAAACUGAUUUUAUUGAGUUCUUUACCUUAUCUGGUAUUUUAACUGCUAAAAGAGUCCCUGAUAUGGAUGGAGGCUUCUUUGUCGAGUUAAAUUUUCCAAUUGUCCAAGUGUUGGAAGCAAAUUAUUCCGAGAUUCCCACAAUUGCGAUAAACUUCAACAAAGCAUCAGUGGUUGAGAUCAAGAAGACUGAGAAGGAUGAUCUCUUUGUUGUGCUCCCAUCAGGGAAUGCAGUUGCAGGAUUCCAACCACAGUUUGAUGAGAUAGAAAAAUGUGCUGCCAGAGGAGUGAUCAUUACAGGGCCGGCUCCUCCUGGAUCUGGUUAUGACUUUUACAGCCGAUUCUUUUGUCCUAAAUUAGGAGUUCUUGAGGAUCCUGUUUGUGGUAGUGCUCAUUGCGCAUUGGCUUCCUAUUGGCAAAAGAAGCUAAAGAAAUGCAGUUUAACUGCUUAUGCGGCAUCACCAAGAAGUGGUGUGGUGAAUGUGCGUAUAGAUGAGGAGAAGGAUAGAGUAUAUCUACAAGGGAAAGCUGUUGUGGUGAUGGAAGGUUCUCUCUUGGUUUAAUUAAGAGAAUUUCAUGUCCUGGGUGCUAAUUAUGUUUCUCUUUACAAUUAAAUAAAGGAGCUGAUAGCCACACCCCAUCCCAAAAACAAAAUUUGUUAUAUUUAGUUUCCCUGGUGACAAUCAUUUGAUGAUGUAUCUGUAAGUUUAUCAUGAAUUAGGUACUGGACAUUUUCUAUGCCACAUUGUCACAUUGCAAUUGUCCUAUUUUGGGGAUGAAAAUAUCACUCCUAUUUUGAGGACAAGGCUUAUGUUUUGCUCAUACUUUGGAUGAUUUCUUUUGAAUGAAUAUUUGGAGUUUUA